ACUGUCCCCUCAAAAGAACCUUUAUAUAAAGUGAAGGGUUGUCACAAAGGACAGUACUUAAUAAUAUCUCUUGGUAAUGGCAAAGGAAUUAGCAGAAGAAAAAGGAUCAGCAAAUGGAAGAGAUGAUGACUAUACUGAAGAUGGAAGUGUGGGUCUUAAAGGCAGGCCUGUGUUGAGAUCUAUAACUGGAAGAUGGAAAGCUUGUUCUUUCAUUGUUGGAUAUGAAGUGUUUGAGAGGAUGGCAUAUUACGGAAUAGCAUCAAACCUAGUGGUGUAUUUGACGAGGGAACUGCAUGAAGGAACAGUGAAAUCUUCGAACAAUGUUAAUAACUGGGUUGGAACAGUGUGGAUUACACCAGUUUUAGGGGCUUAUAUUGCGGAUGCUCAUCUGGGUCGUUAUUGGACUUUCCUUAUUGCCUCUGCCAUUUAUCUCUCGGGAAUGUGCCUCUUAACCCUAGUAGUUUCAGUGCCUGCCUUGAGGCCCCCAUCAUGUGGUCAUGGCUACAAAGCAAUAAACUGCAACAAAAGAGCCUCGGGUUUCCAAAAAGGCAUAUUCUACUGUGCACUAUACAUAAUCGCAGUAGGAACCGGUGGAACCAAGCCUAAUAUUUCCACCAUGGGUGCCGACCAGUUCGAUGACUUCGAGCCUAAGGAAAGGGUUCAAAAGCUGUCUUUCUUUAACUGGUGGAUGUUUAGCAUUUUCUUUGGCACCCUCUUUUCCAACACUUUCUUGAUCUACAUACAAGACAAUGUGGGGUGGAGUUUGGGUUAUGGCAUUCCAACAAUUGGUCUCUUGGUCUCUGUCUUGGUGUUCUUAGUGGGAACUCCAUUCUAUAGACACAAAUUGCCUUUGGGCAGUCCUUUUACCAGGAUUUUCCAAGUGCUUGUGGCUGCUGUUAGGAAGUGGAACAUGCCGGUCCCGACCGACCCGAAAGAGCUUCAUGAGCUUAGCUUGGAAGAGUACUCGAAGUCUAAGCAAUUCAGAAUUGAUUACACCCCUUCUUUAAGAUUCCUUGACAAAGCUGCUGUAAAGACUGGGCCAAACUCGGCAUGGAAGCUGUGUCCGGUGACUCAAGUCGAAGAAACUAAGCAGAUGGUAAAAAUGGUCCCCAUUUUGGUAGCAACAUUCAUUCCAAGCACUCUAGUAGCUCAGAUGGGAACAUUGUUUAUCAAACAAGGAACCACCCUCGAUCGUAGCAUGGGUCCUCAUUUCCAAAUCCCCCCGGCUUGUCUCACAGCAUUUGUUACGAUCUUCAUGUUGAUCAGCAUUGUUCUAUAUGACCGGUACUUUGUUCCAAUAGUGAGGCGUUACACCAACAAUCCCAGAGGCAUCACAUUGCUUCAAAGAAUGGGAAUCGGCAUUAUCUUGCAGAUCAUCGUUAUGAUAAUUGCUUGCUUUGCUGAAAGGAAAAGACUCAGCGUCGCUCGAGAGCAUCAGAAACUGGGUGCAUAUGAUUCUAUUCCUCUCAGUAUUUUCAUACUUCUACCCCAGUUUGCCUUGGUAGGGGUGGCUGAUGCAUUUGUGGAAGUUGCAAAGCUAGAAUUCUUCUAUGACCAAGCACCAGAGGGGAUGAAAAGCCUCGGAACCUCAUAUUUCACUAGCAGCAUUGGGAUUGGGCAUUUCCUUGGUAGUUUUAUUUUGACGACGGUUUCUGAUAUGACUAAGAGGCAUGGUCAUAGAGGAUGGAUAUUGGACAACCUCAACACCUCUCACCUGGACUAUUAUUUUGCCUUCUUGGCUGCACUAGGCUUCUUAAACUUCCUCAUCUUCUUGGCUGUGGCCAAACUUUUUGUUUAUAAUGCAGAUGUGAAAGAAUCAGACACAGGAUUGCAGGAAGCCACGGAUGCUUCACAGAACAAAGCUUCAAGUAAAGUCGAAGCAUUAAGGGCUGGAACAAGUUACUAAUAUCACAUGUAAUUCCAGUUCAUGGCUGUUAUAAUGGUAUUGUACAAGUCAAAAACAACUUUGCUCAUGUUAUGAUGAAAA